UUAGAUAUUACUAACUUUGGCCAACGUAUCAAGCAACAACACUGGGCUUACAGGUCAAGGUCUGCACGAUCUACAUCUAGGAUGUGUAUGUGAGCUGUGGUCUAUCAUUGUUUUAAAUCUCUUUUAUUUUUUACUGUGUUUUCUAAUCCCUUAAACGCAUGGGUUAUGUAAUGUGUAUUGUGCUCUUAAUUCACCUAAUUUGGGUUUCUUUACAAGAAUCACAUGGACAUUAAAGUCUUUUUUAUCCCUAUUUUAACUUAGUUAUCUGAAGUUGACUUUGAGGUAUUUAACUUCAAAAUUAUGCAAUACACCGUAAGCCCUCGUUGUUUAAGUUUUCAAGAUACUCAAUGGCAAGCUAUUUUCUAGCAGGUCUUAAUAGUAUCACUGGACUAUCAUGGUGAUAUCAAGCCUUUCUACUAUCAAAAAAAUCUUAAGAUAUAUUUCAAAUUUUCCCGACGCUUAGUUAUUUUAUUUCUAAUUGUUGAUAGAAACAAUACAGAAUUGCUGUUCUUAUCAUUUCAAACAAAAAGUAUUGUUCCCAAGCAGACAAGCAUGAACUAAAAAUGCAGCUUGAUGAGGAUGCAUUUUAUAUCCUCAAAGCGUCCCCUAUAACUUGGCAAGAGUGCUACCGUCUAGAGGGCGUAACCGAGCUGCUUAACCAUCAGACUUGUCAAGACCCGCGCCUAGGCGUAAGCCCCAGUGACAAUGAAGACAGUUGCGGUAAUGGUAUUCUAUGUGGCACUAAUCGCACCAGUCACAGGCUCGAGAAAGGUCAAUGGUAUACAUCGACGUAUGGCUCGAAAAGAGCUUCACAAGUACUUUGGUGUGACUUCAUUAUUAGAUGGGCCUCAGUACCAAGUCACUCGACCACUGAUGCACCAAGGACACCGUACCAUUGAGUACACCAUACCAGCAUUCGGCCAGAUACUUCAUUUAAGGCUUCGACCCAGCGACCGUCCCUUUGGGCCAGUUGCUAUGGAAACUCAUCACCAUAAUGGGACACGGACGCUCUAUAGGAACAGGGGCGCAUCACAUUGCAUUGGACACGUGAUUGGACAUCCGGGUUCUUAUGUUUCUAUGGACAACCGUGAUCAUCUAUUAGAAGGCAUUAUAUACCUGCCAAGCCAAACCUGGUUUAUUCAACCAAUCAAGAAGCGAAUUGGAACCCGACAUCACCUUGUUACCAAUCUCCAUUUAGUAACAAGGAGAAGCAAAGGCACGAACAGAUAUUUGGAACAAACCCUCAAAGUCAUCAAUCGCCGUAGACGCUCGGUGAGGAGGGAAGAGAGUCGGCUUAAAUACAUGGAGCUGGCCUUAGUAGCAGACAACUACCUAAUAACAGCCAUGGGCGAGCGAAUAGCCUGGUACCAUCUAAUGAUGUUGGCACAUCUGAGCAAUGCAAUGUUCCAUGACGAGUCUAUCGGGUCUCAGAGGAUCAGCCUUGUCGUGGUGAAGGUGAUCAUGAAGAAAGAUGGGUUCGGUUAUGAGAUGGACCUACCUAAGCAAGGCAAGCUUCACGAGCUCUCCAAAUGGGCGAAAGGGUACUUCCCUACGGAUGAUAAAGACAGCAGACACCCCGAUACGGUAGCACUGGUUACAAGGGGAGGAUCAGGAGGACUCGCCAAAUUGGCGUCUACUUGUCACGAUGCACUUGGAGUUCUGAUGGUAGCCGACGUGGGACUGGGGACUAGUCAGGCACUUACACACGAAAUAGCACACACGAUGGGCGCGGUUCAUGACGGGGGGAGGAAUGACUGUCCGGAUGCAACUUACAUCAUGUCACACUCCAUCGCUGGAGGAAAAAAUGCGCAGAAAUGGUCACCGUGCAGCCGAGAGAGCAUACAAAAGUUUCUGAGUGGUCCAUCCUCAAGUUGCCUUGACGACAAGCCAGGAAGCAUUGUACACGAGCCAUAUUUAUUCCGGAAACUACCCGGCCAGAUCUACAACCGAGACGUACAGUGCAAGCUGAACUACGGACCCGAGUACAAGCACUGUAAACAAAAGCUGUCUGAUUGCGGCUCACUCUUCUGCUCACGUGAGGAUAAUGGCGCAACUUGUGUCAGCCGCGUCUCGCCACCCGUCGACGGCACUAAAUGUGGAGAUAGACACUGGUGUAUUAGCGGGGAGUGCGUGGAUGACGGAUCACCGAUGAUUGACGGGGGGUGGAGUAAGUGGUCGGGCUAUGGGCCCUGCUCAUCAGAUUGUGGCCAGGGGGUACAAUGGAGGACCCGUUCAUGCACAAAUCCGAGACCGUCUGGUGGAGGAAGCAAAUGUGAAGGACCAUCGAAAUCUGAUUGGCGUAUAUGUAACUCCGGGGUUUGUGCAUUUGGCAGCAAGACAUCUCGUCAAACUCAAUGCGAUGUUGUUCAACCAGGCAGCACUGCCUACAUAAAGUCAGCAGACCCUUGCAGGUUGUAUUGUAAAGUUGGCCUUUUUUUACAUCCUCACCGCACGGUGCAUGACGGGACUCGUUGUAGUAAGGACCCGGAUGUUAAGGACGUCUGUAUUCAAGGCGUCUGCAAGAGUGUGGGCUGUGAUCACGUGUUGGAGUCGGGCAAGAGGCAGGAUCGAUGCGGGGUGUGUAAUGGCGACGGUACCAAGUGCUUCCCCGUGAAAGGAUCCUACACGGAGGACUACAGGAAGUGGGGGACGGGUAACGCUGCUGUAAUGGUCACUAUUCCUGUUGGCGGAAGACACAUUUUUGUACGAGAUCGAGAAGGGGAUGCUAAUUUAAUUGGCGUGCAAGACUCUGCGGGAAAGUUCUUGUAUAGUACACCAUCCUUUAGCAAGCACGUCCGUGCUGCAGGGACGACUAUAAUUUACCAUCAUGAGAAUGUGAAUGACCGUGAAUGGCUCUACAUUAGAGGACCAACAAAAGAAAAGCUCAAGAUAGUGUUCAUUUACUUCAGUGGACAAAAUAAUGGCGUAGACUACCAAUUCUACGCGCCUGGCAAGUCAACAAUUACCCCAGACCAGGUCUGGUGGAAAGUAUCAACAUGGUCAGCCUGCUCUAAGAAUUGUGCUGGAGGACUUCAGAAUCGCACUGUGGAAUGCAAUCGUGCUGACGACAAGACAUACGUCCGUGACGAGAUCUGUCAGAAAAAAGAGAAGACACCGGACAGAAUUCGGCCGUGCAACACCGGACCAUGCUCACCAGAAUGGCAUUUAUCUCAGUGGAGGCCAUGCUCGAAGACCUGUGGCAAAGGGACUCAGAUCCGAAUCCUGCAAUGCCGUCGGCAAAUCUUUGAGGGACGCUACGAGGAGAUGCCCGGAUGGAGGUGCGGAAAAAGACAUUCGGAGCUACUAAAGAGGGAUUGUAAUAAAAGGGGGUGCCUCCCAGAAUGGAACCCCCUCUCAUGGGGCAAGUGUUCAAAGACAUGUGCUGGAGGUUUCGUCACACGAGAACUUAGUUGCAAUCAAUUGAACGCUGAGGGACGAUACAUACCCGUCACACCAAACCGCUGCCGUGACGCGGUGCGGCCCCCCACCAAGGAGCCGUGCAACAGCGACGUCAUGUGUCCUGCCCCAAAACUCCCCUUAUCAGGCCCCGUCCCGAGAUACAAGCCUCUUGGUUGCUUCCGGGACGGUCGGCCCUUCGCCAUUCCUGUCCUGGUCAGCAGUGUACGAAGUGAAAUCGAUUGGUCCAAUAUGAAGACGACAGUGGACGCAUGCGCACGACUAGUCAAGCACAGGAACCCCACCUAUCGUGUGUUUGGGGUCAAGUUCUACGGGGAGUGCUGGUCGGGGAAAGACGCUCAGAACACGUAUGACGAGUAUGGCAAGGACGACAUAAAGAAGUGCUACAAGGGCGUAGGCACACACGAUAACUACUACGUGUACCAGUUUGAAUAAAGAGGAUGUAUAGCCCAGACUAGUCCCAGGCGACAUGACGAAAAACCUGGAAAACGCGCAAUUCCA